UGGUUCUCUCUCUGUGUUCCAGGGUUGUUUCCUGCCAUCUUUAAUCUUGCCAGUAACGCAAAGAUUAGCAGCAAUGCUACGUGUGGAGAUCCAGAACCAGAGGUCUACUGUAAGCUUGUUGAUCACGUUCCUGGGAGAAGAAUCAAGAACCCACACUGCCCCAAAUGUGACGCCAACUCCGUCCUGUCUAAAGAACGUCAUCCAAUCACCAACGCCAUCGAUGGAACCAAUAGGUGGUGGCAGAGUCCGAGCAUCAAGAAUGGCCGUCAGUUUAACUGGAUAACCAUCACCCUGGACCUGAAGCAGGUCUUCCAGGUCGCCUACAUCAUCAUCAAAGCAGCUAACUCUCCACGACCAGGUAACUGGAUCCUGGAGCGCUCCCUGGAUGGUGUGACCUUUGACCCCUGGCAGUACUAUGCCAUCAGUGACUCGGAGUGUUUGUCUCAUUAUAAUGUGACACCAAGACUUGGACCGCCCACCUACAGGAGCGACACUGAGGUCAUCUGUACGUCCUACUACUCCAGACUGAACCCCCUGGAAAAUGGAGAGAUCCACACCUCUCUGAUUAACGGGCGUCCCGGAGCAGAGGAUUUGACCCCUGACCUCCUGAACUUUACAUCAGCUCGUUAUAUCAGACUGAGACUUCAGCGAAUCAGAACGCUCUACGCUGACCUGAUGACGUUAAGCAUCUAUGACCCACGGGACAUCGACCCCAUCGUGACUCGGAGGUAUUAUUACUCCAUCAAGGACAUCUCUGUGGGGGGGAUGUGCAUCUGCUAUGGACACGCCCAGAGCUGCCCGCUGGACCUGGUUACCAAGAAACUGAAGUGUGUGUGUGAACACAACACCUGUGGGGAGAGCUGUAACAAGUGUUGCCCUGGUUACCAUCAGCUGCCAUGGCAACCAGGAACUCACUCUGAAGGAAACACCUGUGAAAAGUGUAACUGUCACAACAAGGCCAGUGACUGUUUCUACAAUCAGACGGUUUCGGACCUCAGCCUCAGUCUGGACAUCCAUGGCGUUCGUCGGGGGGGCGGGGUCUGCAUCGACUGUCAACAAAACACAACGGGACUCAACUGCCAGACCUGCAAGGACGGAUACUACAGACCUGCUGAGGUGUCUCCGUACUCUGACUUCCCCUGCCUGGAGUGUAACUGUGACCUGAGAGGAUCUGAAUCACCGGUUUGCAGCAGAGACGACGCAGAAGCAGGUGUGUCUGCAGGUCAGUGUCCAUGUAAGGAAGGCUUCUCUGGGCAGCGGUGUGAUCGCUGUGCGUUUGGAUUCAGAGACUUCCCGCGGUGCGUUCGCUGUGAGUGCAACCUGGCAGGAAGCACCAACAGCGACCCCUGCAGCCCCUGCACCUGCAAGGUCAAUGUGAUGGGAGUCCACUGUGACGCCUGUAAACCGGGCUUCUAUAACCUGCAGCAGGAGAACCCGCUGGGCUGCACCCACUGCUUCUGUUUUGGUGUCUCUGAUGUCUGUGAGAGCUCUGCUUGGUCCAUCACUCAGGUGUUUUUCCCAGAUGCUGUCCUCCAACCAUCCGGGUCGCUCCAAGCCUCUCUGGUCAUCAGUGGGAAUGACCUCAGCGUUCCCAGGAAUGCCUCCUCUGGCGGCGCACACAGACACAUGCUCUGGUGGGCCGCCCCCAGCCGUUUCCUUGGCAACAAGCUGGUGUCCUAUGGAGGACAGUUCACCUGCUCUGUGGUUUAUGACGUCCCCCUGGACAACGAGGACCAGACUCUGCCUGUCCUUGCUGAUGUCAUCAUGGAGGGUAACGGCCAAACUCUCCGUCUCUCGCCCCCUCUGCUGCUCUUCCUCUCUCCCCUGGCUGAGCAGUCUGUCAGUGUGGAGAUGCUUCCACGGCGGUUUGUGGACGAUCAAAGCGGUGGUCCCAUAACUCGAGAUGACCUGAUGCUGGUUCUGGCUGAUCUGACCUCGCUAUUGGUCCGAGUCCACCUGAACGCUUCUGCUGGAGGACCGAUACGACUCAGCUCAGUGUCCCUGGAUGGAGCGGACUCUGGCUCCGGUUCUGGUCUUCAGGCAGCCGCCGUGGAGAUGUGCGAAUGUCCGUCGGGUUACAGUGGAACUUCCUGCGAGGCCUGCCUACCGGGAUUCUUCAGAGUAGGCGGGGUUCUGUUUGGAGGCAACUGUAUGCAGUGUGAAUGCAAUUCCCACUCCACUCAGUGUGACAUCAGUGGGGUCUGUGAGGGCUGCACAAACAACACCGCCGGUCCUCACUGUGAUCAGUGCCUUCCUGGUUUCUACGGUGACCCAACAAAGGAGGAGUGUCGGAGGUGUCCGUGUCCUUUGACGGAGCCGUCCAACAGUUUCAGUCCCACCUGUGUACUGGAUGCGUCCGGUGAGGUGUCAUGUGACCAGUGCCAGCAUGGAUACACCGGGUCAAACUGUGAGAGGUGUGCCAGUGGUUUCUAUGGUAACCCCCAGGUAGUGGGCGGGGCUUGUGUGAGCUGCGAGUGUAACGGCAAUGCUAACGUCAGUGAGGACGGAUACUGUGAUUCUGUGACGGGGGAAUGUCUGCGGUGCCUCGGCAACACGGCAGGAAAACACUGCGAGCUGUGUCGUCCUGGUUACUAUGGCGACGCCGUCCUCGCCAAAGAUUGUAAAGACUGCGGCUGUGAUGUAAACGGCUCCCUCUCUGGUGUAUGUGACAUCACAACAGGCCAGUGUCAGUGCAGAGAGAACGUGACAGGACGCACCUGUGACCGUUGCAAGUCGGGGUUCUUCGGGCUUCAAAGUGGGCGGGGCUGUCAGCCCUGCGGCUGCAGCCAAUCAGGAUCUGAGUCUGAGUCAUGUGACGAGGACGGCCAGUGCCACUGCAAAAAGGGCGUAGCUGGGAUCAAGUGUGAUCGCUGUGGCCAUGGUUACUAUGGCUACCGCGGCACCAACUGCACAGAAUGCAUCUGUGAGCGCACUAGGGGAAACUGCGACCCUGACAGCGGAGAGUGUGUCUGCCCCCCCAACACAGAGGGAGACACCUGCGACAGGUGUAAGAAGGGAUUCUGGGGCAUUGACCACGUCACAGGAUGCAAGCCCUGCAGCUGCAGCCCAGCAGGAAGCUCCGCCCCCCAGUGUGACCUGCUGACUGGGCAGUGUCCCUGCAGGGACGGAUUCUCUGGAAGGUCAUGUGAUCGAUGCGCAUUUGGUCACUACGGUUACCCAUCAUGCUCAGCGUGCAGCUGUGAUUUGGCAGGAACCCAUGAGACGUUCUGCAACAGAACGCUCGGCGUAUGUGAAUGUGGACGGACCGGAGAGUGUGGGUGCAAGCCUGGCGUGUCGGGUCGGCGCUGUGAGGAGUGCGUUUCUGGUUGGUUCGCUCUAUCAGACCAGAAUCCAAACGGAUGUUCUGAGUGUUUCUGUUCUGGACUGAGCCGAGACUGUGAGGAGCAGGGAGGACUGCGCCGAGUGUCUGUCAGUAUGGGUCAGUCUACAGACGUCCUGUCGUUGGUCAGUCUGUCCAGCCUGCAGUCUGUAGCAGCUGGGGUGUUCCAACAUGGCGGCGAAAUGCUGUUUGAUGCCCGGCAGUUAAACAGCAGUGGACUCGCUGGCCCCCUCUACUGGAGGCUGCCCCCCCAUGUUGAAGGAAACCAGCUGAUGUCAUAUGGCGGCCUGCUGUCUUACAUCAUCACUUUCUAUGCUGAGGAUGGCUCAGGACUGUCCAAUCAGGAGCCUCAGAUACUCAUGAGGGGCGGGACCCUAAGGAAGCACGUCAUCUACACUGACAUGGUUGCUCCUAGCAACGGCAUUGCGACACAGCAUGACAUCAGGCUGAUGGAGCACGAGUGGAAAUAUUUCAACUCGGUGUCUCAGAGGUCGGUGAGCCGUGCAGAUUUUAUGUCCGUCCUCAGUAACGUCCAGAACAUCCUGAUCAAGGCUUCGUACGGAACUGGGCUGCAGCAGAGCAGGAUUUCUAACAUCACCAUGGAGACGGCUGUGAAGGCGGAGUCAGGUGACUCCCGGGAAAAGGCCAGACUGAUCGAGUCCUGCCUCUGUCCGCCCGGAUACGCCGGACUGUCCUGUCAGGAGUGUGCGGUGGGUUUUUUCCGGCAGCCCCUGUCUGAGCUCCCUCCUCAGAGUCUGAAGACCAUGUUGGUGCGUCCCUGUGUUCCGUGUCGCUGCAACAACCAUAGUUCCAGUUGUGACCCAGAGACCGGAGACUGUCAGGACUGUCAGCAUCAUACCAGCGGGCCGCAAUGCAACGUCUGUGCUCCGGGUUACUAUGGAAACAUCAGCGGCUCUGCAAGCGAAUGUUCCCUGUGUGCCUGCCCCCUACUGAGCAACAGUUUCAGUCCCAGCUGUGAAGCAGAGGGCGCCGAUUACCGCUGCACCGCCUGCCUGACCGGAUACGAAGGCAGACACUGUGAGAGGUGACGAAUUUCACCACAACACCGCUUCAUCUGCUCUCUGACGCCUCA